AUGGUAAUGACGGUCGACAAAAGACCCUCCACUUCUCACGAAUCGAAGGCCAAUUUCUGGGGAUCGUUGAGGAGUCGAUCCAGUUUUGGCACGAAAUUGCCGUUUUUGCAUAGCAAACGGACCAGCCUCGCGUCGGAAAAUGAGAACGAGCGGAAACAGAUGAUUUUCGGGACGAUUCGAGGGAUGAAACGAUACAAGAGACAUUCUGAACUGGCUGACUCCUACUUUGGCGGUGACCAACAAGUCCUGAUUUCCGCUCACCCGAUCCAUUCUUCCGUCAAUCUGAUGGCUGUCCGACCGCAAAUCGCCAAAAGAGGCCAAUUGAGCAGUGAUCUUUUCAAUGGGCCACUCGAGGAUACGGUAUAUGGCGCUUAUCAGGUUGGGAAUUUGAUU